AUGCUUAAUCCAUGUGAGUCCGCGUCAAAGCUCAUCUCACCAACCGUUUGGUCUUGCCCCGCACAGCUUCAGACUGCACAAUUUUGCACCUGGCUGCAAAUAGGCUUUGACCGCUCCCAUGAUGCUGAGUCCCGGAACCCCUUUGUUCGUCAACGCUGGAUCAUGCUUAAUCCAUGUGAGUCCGCGUCAAAGCUCAUCUCACCAACCGUUUGGUCGCGCCCCGCACAGCUUCAGACUGCAAGCUUUUGCACCUGGCUGCAAAUAGGCUUUGGCCGCUCCCAUGAUGCUGAGACCAGUGUCAAGAUCCUAGCUUGA